CGGCGGCGGCUGAGGCGGCGGCAGAGGCGGCUGAGGAGGCAGCGGCUGAGGAGCAGCGGCUAAGGAGUAGCGGCGGCGGCGGCAGCUCGGAGCAGGCGGGCCCGGAGCGUGAGGCGGCGGCGGCGGAGCGAAGCGAGCUCGAGAGCCGGCAGCACCAUGGUGGACUACCACGCGGCGAACCAGCCCUACCAGUACGGCCCCAGCAGCGGCGCCGGCGGCAACGGCGGCGGCGGCGGCGUCGGUGACUACAUGGCCCAGGAAGACGACUGGGACCGCGACCUGCUGCUCGACCCGGCUUGGGAGAAGCAGCAGCGCAAGACUUUCACAGCAUGGUGCAACUCUCACUUGCGGAAAGCUGGCACCCAGAUCGAGAACAUCGAUGAGGAUUUCAGAGAUGGACUCAAACUCAUGCUCCUCUUAGAGGUGAUUUCAGGGGAACGGUUACCUAAACCAGAGCGAGGGAAAAUGAGAGUGCACAAAAUUAACAAUGUGAACAAAGCCCUGGACUUCAUUGCAAGCAAAGGUGUCAAGCUGGUCUCCAUAGGAGCUGAAGAGAUUGUGGAUGGAAAUGCAAAGAUGACACUCGGAAUGAUUUGGACCAUUAUCCUUCGGUUUGCCAUCCAGGACAUCUCAGUAGAAGAGACCUCUGCCAAGGAGGGUCUCCUUCUCUGGUGUCAGAGAAAGACUGCUCCAUACAAGAAUGUCAACGUGCAGAACUUCCACAUCAGCUGGAAGGAUGGUCUCGCGUUCAACGCCCUGAUCCACAGGCAUAGGCCGGAGCUGAUAGAGUAUGACAAGCUGCGCAAGGAUGACCCUGUCACAAACCUGAACAAUGCCUUUGAAGUCGCUGAGAAGUAUCUAGAUAUCCCCAAGAUGUUGGAUGCAGAGGAUAUUGUGGGCACUCUGAGGCCCGAUGAGAAGGCCAUCAUGACAUACGUGUCCUGCUUCUACCACGCUUUCUCGGGGGCUCAAAAGGCUGAGACUGCUGCUAACAGGAUCUGCAAGGUGCUGGCUGUCAAUCAAGAGAAUGAGCACCUGAUGGAGGAUUAUGAGAAGCUGGCUAGUGACCUGCUGGUAUGGAUCCGACGUACCAUUCCUUGGCUAGAAGACCGUGUGCCUCAGAAGACAAUCCAAGAGAUGCAGCAGAAACUCGAGGACUUCCGCGAUUAUCGUCGGGUGCACAAACCACCCAAAGUGCAGGAGAAAUGCCAGCUGGAGAUCAACUUCAAUACUCUGCAGACCAAACUUCGCCUGAGUAACCGUCCUGCUUUCAUGCCCUCUGAGGGCAAGAUGGUGUCAGACAUCAACAAUGCUUGGCAGCACCUGGAGCAGGCAGAGAAGGGCUUUGAGGAGUGGCUGCUCAAUGUGAUUCGGCGGCUGGAGCGGCUGGAUCACCUGGCAGAGAAGUUUGGGCAAAAAGCCUCUAUCCAUGAAGCGUGGACUGAUGGCAAAGAGGCCAUGCUGAAACAGAAGGACUAUGAGACAGCCACCCUUUCCGACAUCAAAGCCCUCAUCAGGAAACAUGAGGCUUUUGAGAGCGACCUGGCAGCUCAUCAGGACCGCGUGGAACAAAUUGCUGCCAUUGCCCAGGAGCUGAACGAACUGGAUUAUUAUGAUUCCCCAAGUGUCAAUACUCGGUGCCAGAAGAUUUGUGACCAGUGGGAUGCCCUUGGCUCGCUGACACAUAGUCGAAGAGAAGCUCUUGAGAAAACAGAGAAACAGCUGGAAACAAUUGACCAGCUGCACCUGGAAUAUGCCAAGCGUGCGGCGCCAUUCAACAAUUGGAUGGAGAGUGCAAUGGAGGAUCUACAAGACAUGUUCAUUGUCCACACCAUUGAGGAGAUUGAGGGCCUCAUUGCAGCCCAUGACCAGUUUAAGUCCACUCUGCCGGAUGCUGACAAGGAGCGGGAGGCCAUCCUAGCCAUCCAUGGAGAAGCCCAGAGGAUUGCUGAAUGUAACCAUAUCAAGCUGUUGGGGAGCAACCCCUACACCACUGUUACCCCCCAGAUCAUCAACUCCAAGUGGGAGAAGGUCCAGCAGCUCGUGCCAAAGCGGGAUGAUGCCCUGCUGGAGGAGCAGAGCAAGCAGCAAUCCAAUGAGCGCCUCCGCAGGCAGUUCGCCAGCCAGGCCAACAUUGUGGGGCCAUGGAUCCAGACCAAGAUGGAGGAAAUUGGGCGCAUUUCCAUUGAGAUGAAUGGUACCCUGGAGGACCAGCUGAACCACCUGAAGCAGUAUGAGCAGAGCAUCGUGGACUAUAAGCCCAACCUGGAUCUCCUGGAACAGCAGCACCAGCUCAUUCAAGAGGCCCUCAUCUUUGACAACAAACACACCAACUACACUAUGGAGCACAUUCGUGUGGGCUGGGAACAGCUCCUCACCACCAUUGCCAGAACCAUCAAUGAGGUGGAGAACCAGAUCCUGACCCGGGACGCCAAAGGGAUCAGCCAGGAGCAGAUGCAGGAGUUCCGGGCAUCGUUCAACCACUUUGACAAAGAUCACGGCGGGGCGCUGGGGCCUGAGGAGUUCAAAGCAUGUCUCAUCAGCCUGGGCUACGAUGUGGAAAAUGAUCGACAGAAGCAAACUGGCAGCAUGGACACUGAUGACUUCCGAGCUCUGCUUAUCUCCACGGGAUACAGCCUGGGGGAUGCUGAAUUCAACCGCAUCAUGAGCGUUGUGGACCCCAACAACAGUGGCAUCGUGACAUUCCAAGCCUUCAUUGACUUCAUGUCCCGAGAGACCACCGAUACAGACACAGCUGACCAAGUCAUUGCUUCCUUCAAGGUCCUGGCUGGAGACAAGAACUUCAUCACAGCUGAGGAGCUUCGGCGAGAGCUGCCCCCGGACCAGGCCGAGUACUGCAUUGCCCGCAUGGCUCCCUACCAGGGCCCAGACGCUGCUCCUGGGGCCUUGGAUUACAAAUCCUUCUCCACAGCCCUGUAUGGCGAGAGUGACCUGUGAGCAUCUGCCCCCCCCCCCCCCUCACUGAGGAGACUCAGCGACCAGACCGCCCUCCCUGCCCUCCGGCUCUGGGUGGGGGGGCCUAGCCCCAAGCCCCCCUCUUCCUCCAGGGGCUGGCUUGCUGUAGUCCAAUUUUCUCUGAACUGACCAGGUAUCUAUGCAAAGUGCACUCACAUUCAUUCUCUCUCUCUUUCUUUCCUUUUUGUGGGAGGGGGAGAAGGGACAGGAUCUCUCCUCUCUCCUACCUGAUUGGCCAGGAGUUCCCCAGCCUGGGGCAGGGGUAAUGGUGAAGGGGGAGUGUAGAGUAAGUCAUUCUGGUCUGUUAUAAAUAUAUAUAAUAUAUAUAUUUUUUGAACUAAGCCGAGGUGAUAGCCUCAUGAAAUGAAGAAGACUGGCCUCCUUCCCCGAACUGCACAGCACUAUGCUAACAUGUCUCCUCAGCCUCACUGUCACCCUGGCACACGCCCACCCCCAGCACACACAGAUGUAUACACUAUUCCCCUUGUCAUUGCAGAAGAUAAACCCAUCCCCUCCUCCACAGGGUCCUAUUCCAGCUUGUUCCCUUCAGGGCCAAAGACCACGUGCCUUGUCUAGGAUCCCCCUUGGGUCCGCUCCUCUGAUGGGACAAAGGGAUGCCGCAGACUGGGUACCUCCUCAGCUGCUUCCCGAGAAGGGCUCCCACAGAGCCCCCUCUCCCUCUCUGCUACUUUUGUUUCUUUCCAUCAUUAUCUCCCCUCCCCCUACUUUUCUUCCCCAUAAAGAUGCUUCCAGAGGGACCAGGGCAGCUUAGAUCAUGGUCAUUUAUUGGUGUCGGGGAGUCUCGGGGAGCCACAGCUGGAGAGGGGCUGGGGUCGGUGGGGGGGUGGGGCAGUAUAGUAGGCAGAGUCACAGAGAAAUGUGUCAUGGAAAUGGGCCUGAGCCUGGUGGAGAGAGAGGUGGCCGUUGUGCUCUGGCCCAGCUUCCCCAACAGCCCCUUGCUACACAUCCCACUCUCCCUUGGGCUGGGCUCUGUCCCUCAGCAAGUUUUCUAAGGACCAAAAAAUUUUAAAAAAUUAAAAAAAAAAAUCCCCACAAAAACUUUUAAAAUAAUUAAAAACUUUCAGAGAGUUACUAUUUACUUUAUUAACUUACGGAUUUAUUAUAUAAAUAUAUAUUCACCUAGCAACAUAUAUUUGCCGUCUUUCUUGGUCUUGUAAUUAAGAUAUCAGCUGAUUAUCAUAACUCCCCUUUGCCUUCCUCUUUCCCUCCCCCUUCCCUUACCCCCUUUAUUGUUUUCCCUCUUCUUUGUUGUCUUUUGUCAGGGACUAGUCUUUGGGGAUUCCCCCUGAUGGGAGGGUCUGGGGGGGCCUGGCUUAGGGGAAAAAAAAGGCUGGGCUGGCUGCUUCUCUGUUUGUGGUUUUGUUCUUUCUUUCUUUCUUUUUUUUUUUUUUUGGCGUUCAUUCUCAUUAAUUUUUUUUUCUUGAAAAAUUAAGACAAUAAAAUGUGUAAUAUUUUUAAGAACGAUUUUCCAAAAUGUACUCUACUUCUGUCCCUCUUUUCUGUUUAUUUAAUGU